CGAACUAUUUCAUUCAGUUCUCAUUCGCAGCAAUAGCGAUCAGCGACACCAAACCAUAUUCUCCACCGCAAUGAACACCAUCUCAACGACAAAUCCCGCCGCUGCUACUCGGAUGUUCAGGCGAUCUGUUUCGGCCCUGCAUCGGAACCGGGUGCGAAGUGGUUUCUGUUUCGGGGCCACCGAGAAUUCUGUCGCGGGUGCCUCCUUUUCGACGGUAGCUCUCAGUGCAUCACCGACAACAACAACAGCAACCACCACACCGGGUUCGGAGACAAAGAGCAUGAAUCUAUUCACAGCUAUAAACAACGCACUUUCCAUUGCUCUGGAGACUGAUCCGAGUUCCAUUGUCUUUGGACAAGGUGAGCAAUAUAGACAGACCACAUGCUUGGACGAAUUCAGAAGUCGCUAUCCAUCGAUUGGUUGUUUGCCAGAUAUACAUCUUGCCUGCUCACGUGUUCGCUUUGUUCGUUCCCUUCUCCGCAAAAGAUGUGGCGUUCGGGGGUGUUUUCCGGUGCACACAAGGCCUGCAGGACGAAUUCGGGCCCGACCGAGUUUUCAACACGCCUUUGUCCGAGAACGGAAUUGCAGGUGAGCGUCCUUUUCCUUGAUCUUUCGCUGCUACUUGUUGAUGGCUUGGUGCUGACGAGCUGCUUCGCACCUCAUUGUUUCCUACUCUCUCGUUGAAGGGCUUGCUAUUGGCUACUCUACCAUGUCGGGUGGAACGGCAGUUGGGGAAAUUCAGUUUGCCGAUUAUAUAUUUCCUGGUACGUGCAAAGUCAACCGCGCCGCGGCCCCGAUAAUCAGAGCGUUGAGAGUUUCUCAUGUACCAAAUUGGUUCUUCAUGUACUGUAAUACAAUUUUAACUUUUAUUCAGCGUUCGAUCAAGUAAGUAUUCGCAGAAAUCAGUUCCAAUGGAUUUUCCACAAAAAUGUGCGACUUAAUAGAUACCUUUUCAUUUCGGUAAACUUGUUCCUGCUAAAAAUGACGAAUUAACUAACUGAAUGCCCCAAGAUUGUCAACGAAAUGGCUAAAUUUCGAUAUCGAUCAGGCAAUCAAUGGAACUGCGGAGGCGUUACAUUGCGGAGCCCGUGUGGCGCUGUUGGUCACGGUACGUUUCUCAAUUAUAUUUGUACAC